CAGCAAAAAUAUCCUCACUCUCUACUAUUCCCAUCCCCUUCUCUUCCCCAACUGUCAUGUCUUCUUCAGUCUGCCCACCGUUGGGAUUCUCCGGCAGGUAUUACCGCCAGGACAGCGGCAGCGGCUGUCUCCGGCAAACCAGUUUCUUCGGUGGGAAACCGGUGCUCAAUCAGGGGGUAGGAUAUUCGGUAAUUCUAGGAUUCGGGGCAUUCUUUGCUGUCUUCACUUCUCUCUUGGUGUGGCUGGAGAAGAGAUAUGUCGGCUCCCGGCACACGUCCGAAUGGUUCAAUACAGCAGGUAGGAAUGUUAAGACAGGCCUCAUCGCCAGUGUCAUCGUAUCCCAGUGGACAUGGGCUGCUACGAUCUUACAGAGCUCGAAUGUAGCAUGGGAAUAUGGGAUCAGCGGCCCUUUCUGGUACGCCAGUGGGGCGACCAUUCAGGUGCUCUUAUUUGGUGUAAUGGCAAUUGAGAUCAAAAGAAAGGCUCCUCAUGCUCAUACUGUGUGUGAGAUUGUCAAAGCAAGAUGGGGAACUGCUGCACAUGUUGUCUUUCUAACAUUCUGUUUCCUCACAAAUAUUAUUGUCACCGCAAUGCUUCUUCUCGGAGGAUCAGCUGUGGUGAAUGCCCUCACCGGGGUGAAUAUCUAUGCCGCGAGUUUCCUCAUUCCUCUCGGCGUCAUAGUGUACACACUCGCCGGAGGGCUAAAAGCCACAUUCCUCGCAAGUUACAUUCACUCUGUAAUAGUGCACAUAGUGCUCCUCAUAUUCACAUAUCUAGUCUACGUUGCUAGCAGCGAACUAGGCAGCCCCAGUGUCGUGUACAAUCGAUUACUCAAGGUCGAAAGUAGCAAAAGAAUCUGUACAGAACCAGUUUCUCAUCCCGGGCAAUCCUGUGGUCCAGUUAAUGGGAACUACCAAGGGUCUUACAUUACAAUGCUGAGUUCCGGAGGUUUGGUCUUCGGCAUUAUCAACAUUGUUGGAAAUUUCGGGACAGUGUUCGUAGACAAUGGAUAUUGGGUAAGUGCUAUUGCAGCAAGGCCAUCAUCAACACAUAAAGGCUACCUAUUGGGAGGACUGGUGUGGUUUGCCGUGCCAUUCUCUUUGGCAACGUCGCUCGGUCUAGGAGCACUAGCGCUCGAUCUACCAAUAACUGCAGGCGAGGCAAGCCAUGGCCUCGUCCCACCUGCAACAGCAAUUGCUUUGAUGGGACGAGGAGGCUCAGUUCUCCUGCUCACCAUGCUUUUCAUGGCUGUGACAUCGGCUGGUUCUUCUGAGUUAAUAGCCGUGUCUUCAUUGUGCACAUAUGACAUCUACCGGACAUACAUCAAUCCAGAAGCAAAUGGAAAACAGAUACUAAGAGUGUCGAGGACUAUUGUUCUAGUGUUUGGAUGCUUAAUGGGAAUUCUAGCGGUGAUAUUGAACAAAGCUAAUGUUUCUCUGGGUUGGAUGUAUUUGGCAAUGGGAGUGUUUAUUGGAUCCGCUGUUGUUCCUAUAGCUUUUUUGCUUCUAUGGAGAAAAGCUAAUGCGAUGGGUGCAAUACUCGGUACGAUUACAGGAUGUGUGCUAGGGGUUAUAUCAUGGUUGACAGUGACUAAAGUGGAGUAUGGAAGGGUGAACCUCGACACAACUGGAAGAAAUGCACCUAUGCUCACAGGCAACCUAGUUUCUAUACUAGUUGGUGGUGGUAUUCAUGCUUUGUGUAGUUUUAUGUGGCCACAAAACUAUGACUGGGAGACGACUAAACAGAUCACUGUGGUUGAGAAGGAGAAGAGCGAGGUAUCUCUCGAUGAGCUAAAAGAGGAAAAACUAAUUAGAGCAAAGAGAUGGAUUGUCAAAUGGGGUGUUGGAUUCACUCUAGUCAUAGCUGUCUUGUGGCCUAUUCUUACACUACCAGCGGGGCAAUUCAACAAGGGAUACUUCACAUUUUGGUCAGUUAUAGCUAUAGCUUGGGGAACAAUUGCCUCAGCAGUGAUCAUUGCUUUACCACUAAUCGAAAGCUGGGAAACAAUUCAGAAUGUCUUACUCGGCAUGUUCACAAAUGACAGAUUAAUGGAUAAAAUUGAAGAGAUGAACACAAAGCUGCAAACUAUCAUAUUAUUAAUGCCAGACGCAGAAAGAGCUUACUUACUUGAGAAGGAGAAGGCCAAGAAGAAUGAAUCAUCAGAGAUUGAAGUUCAGAUGCCAUACGAAUAAGACCACAGUUUGUUGCAUUGUAGUUGAACCACAAACCGAUACACUGAUGUGUGGCAUUGUGAAAUUGACCUGUAUCUGAAAGAGUGAAGAAGAUUAAAGAUAUGCAAUGAAUGAAAAUAUAACAAAGAAAGAAC